AAAUAUGGCUGACAGACUCACUCAGUUACAAGAUGCUGUGAAUCAGCUAGCUGACCAAUUCUGUAACAGCGUUGGAAUUCUCCAGCAGUGCUCCCCUCCUAGUACAUUUGCUGGAUUUGAGAAACAACUUGGAAAGUCUCCAACUGAUACACAAGAAGAUUAUGCUGCCAUAUUUGCCAAACUUAUUGCCAGAACAGCAAAAGACAUUGAUGUCCUGAUCGAGUCACUACCUGUUGAGGACUCGUCACUAGAGCUACAGAUUGCUACUCUAAAGAAGCUGGAAACAGAAAAUCAAGACACAGCCAAGAAUUUAGAGGAUAUUGUCAGUAAAGGGGAAGGACUUUUGGAACAGAUACAAAGUGCUUUACGAGACAUUGCUCAAUGUCAAUUACAGUGUCAAGCCAUGGAGUCGAACUCCUGAUAUCAAAGAGUGAGCCUUAUGUGACAACUUUGUGAAGAAAGAGGAUUUUCAGUGCACGAUGAAACAUCGCCCAGUGUCAAUCACAGUGUCAGAUUAUUAUGUCUUGCCAACAUCAGCUUGAUAUAGCCAUGACCAUUACAAUGUCUGCUGAUGUCACCUUAUCAACUAAAGCAUAAGGCUCCUCCUCCUGUGUUGAUUGAUCUGGCAACCUUACAUCACAAUGUUGAUGAAAAUGUCAGAUUGACAUCGCAAUGUCAAUACAAAUGUCAGGUUUACAUCACUAUAAUAUCAGUUUGACAUCAAAGUGUUGAUAAAAAAGUUGAAUUGACAUCACUGUGUCAAUAUAAAUGUCAGGUUGACAUCGCUUUGAUAAAAAUGUCAGAUUCACAUUCCAGUGUUGAUAAAAAUUACAGAUUAACUUCACUGUGUUACUUGAAAUGCUAGUUUUGAUUAAUCAAUUUCAGUUAACACAACCAGGUGAGAGAUACAGGUUAUUGAGGUUAUUUUGUUAUUGCGGCCCUGUAACAAUAACAUGUCCUUGAUGUAGAGUUAUCACCCUUUCCAUUGUUUGCCAGUGGUACUGAAAAUGGAAUACCUUUAAAAAUUAGCUUUGUCAUUGAAACAUUAUGUGUAUUUUUCAGGAAUGAGUGGUAUUUCUUUGUCAUGUGGUGCAAUGUUUAUAUAUAGACAUGAACAAAGUACAGUAAACAUGUAUUAUUUACAUUCACAAGGAAUGAGUAAUAUUUCUUUGUCAUGUGGUGCAAUGUUUAUAUAUAGACAUGAACAAAGUACUGUAAAAGUGUAUUAAUUACAUUCACAAGGAAUGAGUGGUAUUUCUUUGUCAUGUGGUAUAAUGUAUCUCUAUAGAUAUGUAUAUGAAACGAUAACCUUGAUGAGAACUUCCUUUAUGAUUGAAUUAAAAGCGAGGAAAGUUCAGCAUUA